AUGGCCGUGCGCCGCACCGUCGCAUUCGCGACUCAGACACUCACAAUCACAGUACCCAAGAACCGACGACCAAAAUUUGAUCUGCACCUACGAAUAAUCGACCUCAACAACGUACCACUCGUUUCUGGCACCUCAUUCAUAAAAUGGCACCUCUCCCACUCGACGGCCGCCGAGCACCGCGGUCGCACAGAUAGCUGCCAAGUCAAAGACCAUAAAGUCGCCUACAACUACGACAUCACCCUCCCCGUCCGUCUCACCGUCGACAAGAAUGGCAUGCUGCAGGAGUGUUAUGUCGAGUUGGAAGUUGUGCAAGAAUAUGGCCGAGGCUCAGGAAGGGGCGAGCGCAUCACGUUAGGAACGGUCAAGCUCAACCUGGCCGAGUACGUGGAGCAGAGCGAGAUGGCGACCAUCGCGGGCGAAGAGCCAGGCGUCACGAGGAGGUACCUCAUGCAAGACAGCAAGAUCAACAGCACGCUCAAGGUCGGAAUUUAUAUGAAGCAGACGGAGGGCGACAAGAACUUUGUUGCGCCGGCCUUGAAGACUGCGCAGGUCUUCAGUGGCAUCGCUGGUAUCAUGGCGGGAGAGCAGGCCGAACUUGAGGACCACGGAGCUGCGCCCUCCCUGACGAGCAAAUCCCGCGAAGCCGGCGAGCUCCAAGACAUGUACAGACGCACCCUCGCCGCAUACUGGUCCGCACAACCUGGCGAGCUCAAGGCAGACGAAUGCAUCGAAGACAUAUUCGCUGGCGGAGACGGAUGGGGCGACCGCGAGAAACCAUACUCCCAGCAGCCACGAGCUCAGCCCUUGCGAUUCGCAGCAGGCGAUAGCAGCAGCUCUGUGAGUGAGAGCGAGCACGGUCACAUGCGCGGCGGCAGCAGCGCUCAUCGUAAGUCGCAUGAGACACUGCGCCCUGGAGAUAUGAAAUCGAAUCACUCGCCUAACGUGCGGGGCCGGGGAAGUUUGGAGCAGCAGGCAUCGCAGAUGAAGGCAGAGGCGUCGCGCAAGCGACAUCGUCCACACCAUGAGAUCACAAAACAAGUGACGCCGAUCAAUCGCUUGAGGAAGAGGAAGGGAGAAAAGAUCCUACGAGAAACUUCGCAAGAUCUGGGCGUCAAGCGAUUGGGCGACGAUGCCGAUAUCUUGGUCCUGAGGGAAGUCGGGGAACCAGCACAAAGAGAAGCCACCACAACCACCGAAGCCUCCGAAGAUGCCGAAGUAAUCGAAAUCUCCGAACCUCUCGAGGUCCCAGACAUUCUUGCCUCAAUCGAAGAAGAAGGGAAAGCGCUCGCGCCGGAAGAAAUAUACAAGCAGAUCGAGACCUUGCGACCGAACAACGAUGGCGACCCCAAUGAGCCGCAUCACGUCAAGCAGACUACAUUUGUCAAGCUGAGAAAGACCCUCAUGAAAGGCUUCACGCAACAGCAAUUGAUAAUCUUCUACUCGGUCGCAAAGAAUAUACGGCAAGAGAAGGUCAAUCAGGGAGUGAUCGACAGCAUCAAACGGAAGGACCAACUAGGAAACCAGAAGCAACCUGUGGAACGAUCAGAAUGGCAGCCAGGUACUACGCCGAUAACUCAACGCCUGCCUGGCGUUGAUCGUAUUGUCAAGAUCAUGGGCUACCGCAAGAACGUCAGCAAGCAGCUGCUUGUUGAUCGCAUAAUGAGGGAUGUUUGGAAUCUCGUACUCUUGGAAGAAAUCGAAUCCCCCGGAGAGCUAGAGCUUUCUCUGCAACCGUGGCAGGUGAUGCUGCUUAAGGCUGGUGACAAAGACACCCUUUUUGACAAGAUUCGACGGACCCGACGAGUGAGGCUCGACAUGUACAAACCGGAUAACGCCCUCCGCAUCACAUCCGAUAAGACGACAGCAGAGUACGCUGCCAAUGAUAUCGAGGAAGCCUUCCAACACACUGAAUUGAAGCGGAUGAACCUGAACAACUAUUUACGCCAGCUAGCAAAUGGUCCUGUUGCGUUGGAUUCAAAGUCCAAUCUGGUAACUUUGUUUUAUACACAGAAAGACUUUGAUGUCGUCUCGGCUCUGACUCGCACGAGUAUUGAGGCAGUCGGCAAGUCUAUGUUGGUAAUCAGAGGCUUCGACGUGAGCUCCAUAGAAGAGGCAAAAAGGACACUGGUCAGGUUUUUGCCUUUCAAGGAUGCAGCUGAGCGUACCUUCGAUACUCAGAAACUAGGAAGUGCCGAGAGUGCAGCGUUCUUGUCGCCGGUUCCUACCGAACACGAUUCUUUCAAAUACAAGUAUCGCAAACGAGAGCUGGGACGUCUGUCAAUGCCUAUCAUGCGGCUCACUGAGCCUGACACUGUCGAAGCUCAGGCUGCGAAACCCGCAAAAGCCCCCAAAACAACACUCCACGGUCUCGUGAACCGGACUCUAGGGACAAUUCUGCGACCCGCUUCUGCUGUGCCAUUGCCUAAACACGAGUUGAGCAAUUGGAUACCGAACCCAACAUACGAGGUCUCCGCCGAAUUUGGCCAGGCUCUAUUCCCUCUCGAAGAUGUGGACCCCAGCCGAGUAGUGGAAGCUGCUCUUUCUGAUCCAUCCAAGGCACCUUUUCUGUCAACAUUCCCAGGACUGAAUAGUGUUUUCACGUCGCCCAACUAUUCUGUCGUUUCGCGCUUGCAAACACCAUCUUUGCACUACGAAUUCAGACCUGACCUGGAGCACGAGCCAGGACAAAUAUUGCCCAAACUCAGGAUCCAAAUGCGUACUGGUCGCAGUGGUGCCAGAGCCACUUUCCGCAAACUCGCACUGAGCUUCGAUCAUCGUAUCCACGAUGUUCUGCUCCCAGACAAGGCCGUAGAUGUACGAUUUCAACGCCGAGCAAACCUCAGCUUCAAUAACAGGGACCACAAUGACGAGAAUGUACAGGCGUGGGUUGAUGCCGUAACAGACAACAUUGAGAGCGGUGGUCGCCUCACUGCGCCACCUCUCCGCAUCCAGAUCCCCAAGUGGACCAUACCUGGAUUCUCGAGCGAGGAAAAAGGCAUGCGUACCGUCACGUAUCACUUCUCUGGUAUCCAGUUCCGGCAACCGGUGAUUGGAGAACUAUUCGGUGUAGCUGUUUCGUACAAUACUGUACAGUCUGGCAAGCUCGGUGCCAAGGGCGGCGCGCUCACUGCGCAUUACAGUGGCCAUGGCGAUACAGAGUUGCGCGACGAAAGUGCGAUGAAAGCCUUUGUGGAGAGGUGUUUCAAGAUGGCAGACUUGAUCACUGAUGCGAGUAAGCAGACACUUCCUCCGUCUCGCGUUGUCCGCCCACGCGAUAUGAACAGCGGACGGAAGGCGAAAAGAAUGGGAUUAUCGGGCGAUCGAGCUCAGGCUGUGGAUGAGCAGAGCAUUGAGUCGCCGAACGAUCUUGUCGAGCGCGUUGGGGAAUACCCGGAUGUGAAGGACGAUGUUGAGGCGAAAGAGAACGCGGUAGCUGUUGAGGAUGUGGUGGAAGAGCAGCCAGUUGAUGGAAACAUGGAGUCACGAUCUGACGACUUGGUUACCGAAAGCGAAGACAACGUUCGCACUUUGUAG